AUGUGGCUGAGAGAGGUAGAGCAGCUGGUGGUUAAGACUUUGCAGCUAGUAACAACAACACUCCGCAGUGUACUCCUUCCUCUCUCUUUCCUUCUCCUUUGCCAUCUCUCUUCAGCUUCCUUCCUCUUCUCAUUGAUCAAAUCUCUUUUGCAAACAGAAUCAUCUUUCUUCUUCUCUCUCUUUCAUUACAUGAAUCCGGCCAUCUUAUACGUGGCUGUUUCGGCAAUAAGCAUUUACACUCUAGUUCUCGGCCUGACCACCAAGAUCACAGCCACAUAUCCCAACUGCUCGAUUCCCUUUUAUCCAGAUGUCACCAUGGCGUGGCUCACGCUCUUCCUUGUUAAAAUCUCCGUCGGUUUAGGCCUGGAAGGAACGAGUUUCAACGGUUUAAUCAUCGAAAGUGAAAGUAACUUCUUGAGCAGGCUAGUGUUUUUAUGUGGUCUUCACAAGGUAAUGCUUAUGUGGUGUACAGUGAUCGUGAGACUGGUAGUAGACAGCACAUUAAUCGGAAGAGACACAGGUUACCACCAGAGAGAAGGGACGGUGGUGGAGAGAGUGGCUUUGGCCGUCAGCUGCGGGACAUUGUGGUGGUGGAAGCUUUGGGUCGAAGUAGAGGCUUUGGUUGGUGUGGCAAAGGCUAAAAAGUGA